AUGGCAGGCCUAUCCCCACUACCCACACACCACCUCCACAGCUCUACGCGGCUCAGCCACCGCGAAGCACACACGUUCCUGUCCACCUUCCUCGAACGAGCCGACACCGACGCCGCAUACCGGCCCGACUCGACGCUGACCGAGCGCGGACCGCAAGCUGUGUCGACGACCGCGAGUUCGAACUUGACGCUCCACCAUCUGAAACGCAUUCUUCUGGGCAUGGAGGGAAAACGGGUCGGCGGAGAUCUGGCUGGGUCGGGAGUUGCAGAAGGAGAUGUCGUGACAGACGAUAAUACAGCGACACCCGCCACCGCCACAACCACAAAUGCACGCACCAAACGAGGUCUCGAGAACGACGCAGAGUCACAGCAUCAAAACUCCAAGAAAUCGAAACGCAAGCUCUACAACGACGACGAUUCAGCGGCAGCAGCGGCAGCAAACGAUAGUGAUGGGCCCGCUGUGGCUGCUGGCUUGGACGGCGAGGGGUGGCAGGAUAAAGACGCCUUCGCGCUGGCGCAGACAGAGGAGGAUCUGGAGGCUACGGCGGACGAUCGGCAUCCUGGGGCGGAUCUGGACCAGCCGGCGGAUGAGGCUGAGGAGGUGGAAAUGAUGCGCGUCCAAGUCGAAGGCGCCGGCGCGGGCAACCGAAUAGACAAGGAAGAGAGGAAGAGAUUGAAGAAACUGCGCAACAAGGAAAACCAGGUCAAAAAGGCCGAAGAGUCGAAAAAGAAGAGCAGGAAAUGA